AGGGCAGCGGUAAGCGUGCGAGCAGUGCAACAUACAUACAUACAUACAUACAUACAUGUAUAUGCAUAUAUGUAAGCCUUUGGAACAUAUGGUACGGAAAUGGCGCACUUGGUGGUUCAAGUAAUUGAGCGGUGCGAAAAUGCAAAGGAAAGUGCACAUUUAGAUCUAUCAGAAUGUGAACUCAUGCAAAUACCAGAUGCAGUGUAUCACCUGAUGCGGAAUACAGAGCUACAAACGUGUAACCUUAGUGGCAACGUGCUGAAGAAGGUGACGCCAAAGUUUGCGCUGAAGUUUAGCGCAAUUACAGAUCUCAAUCUCUCAUAUAAUCAGUUGUCAAAGCUGCCAGACGAAUUUGCCAAUCUGAGUGCUUUAACUAACUUAAAUAUCUCGCAUAAUUCGUUUAUUGUAUUACCUCAAGUCGUCUUUAAGCUUCAGAAGCUAGCCAGUUUGGAUGCUCAACAUAAUGCCAUUUUGGAGAUCGACACGGACGAAGCAAUCAGCAGUGAUUGCCUGACUGUGGUGGAUCUGCGCAAUAAUCCGCUGAGCAGGAAUUGUCGUCGCAAAUUGGAAGAUUUUGUCACCAGUUUUCGCCUAGAGAUAUCACAGGAAGCUGAGGACGAUUGGUGAUCGACUGGAAGGAAUCGAAAUAAGUGCAUUGUUAUUUAUAGAAAAACCCAUUUACUGUAAUGUUU